UGAUAAGAGAAAGUAGGAACCAAGUGGUCGUACCACCCUCAGCUAAGUGGAGGCACGUAGGAAACGAGAAGUUUGUAGCAGAAGUUGUAGUCAAUAGUCCGAACGAAAAGCUGAAUUUCAGAUUGUAAGAUAGUCCUAUUGAAGCUUCCAGGGAAAGGACAUCAACGCUGACAACUAUAGUAUCUUGACUGAAUCUGAAUCCUUCGUUCCAGACAACGAUUCCCACCAAAUCAGCAAUGAAAGGUCGAACUCCAAAAUCAAGAAAAAAGAAGCCAACAAAGACACCAGUUGAUAAAGUUACCUCAGACAGUGUUUCAUCUCCUGCCACAGAGGAAUCAAGUGUUUGGUCAGCCCAUGAGGCUGCUGCUGUCAAUCAAACUAUUCCAAGACCAUCACAACAAACUCCAAUAAAAUGCAGGCAACAAAUGGGUCAAAUAGAAGAACACCAGACGUCCACCCCAGUUCACCCCACUGACAACCCAUCCAGCAUCUCAACCUCUGCCAGAGUGAAGAGUCGACAUAGAAGACGUGAACUCUUCAGUUAUUUAAAGACAUCAGAGGAAGAUUCACCCCGCAGCAAAUCAGCAUCUGAAAGCAGAUGUAGGAAGGGACGCACUGCUCAGCCAAGACAAAUGAUAAAAAACACAGAGACAGACCUGCAGUAAAGGCAAUGGUGCUCAGACCAAACAACAGAAAGGCAGCAAACGGAAAACGCAGAUGGGGAGUUCAGAGCAGGAUUCUGCCAUUCAGCCAUCAAAGAGAUGUAGACCAAGAUUUGAACUGAAAAAGCCUGAAGAGCCAGAUGAUUCUGUGCUGUCUUCAGAUCUAUCUAUAGAGCUAAGUCACCAUGAGGACCAAAUACCAUAUUUAUCCUUCCAAGAAGAUCAGGAAAAUGAUUAUGAAGAGGAGGAUGAUGAUGAUGAGCUUCCAAGUUUCUUGACGCAGGCGGAUAAUAAGCCUUCGUCCAUUACAGAUGGAGCAUUUGUCUGGCACAAAUUCCGAAAUUUCCCAUUCUGGCCUGCAUUAGUAAAACGUGUGAACCGCAAGCUGAAAAAAGCCAGCAUCAUGUUUGUGGAUGAUUCAAUUAUUCAAGGAAAAAAGGGGUUUACAGUGACUUUGAAAACUCUGAAGCCUUUUGACUGUGAAGAAGCUAAAGAACUUGUGUGUCAAGCCAAAGAAAAAUAUGGUGUCGCCAUAGAGUUGUCCAUGGAUCUGAUAACCGAUUACAGAAUACGAAAAGCAUGUGGCUCAUUUUCUGGCUCCUUCAUCGAGUACUAUGCUCAUGACAUGAGCUACCCUGUAAGGAGGAAGUACCCUCAGGCAGCUUCAGAGAUGCUGUCUAUUGGCAGCGAUGCAGUGAUGGAUGACACAUUCGAUGAUGAUAAAGAAGACUGCUCUGGUGAACAGCUCAAGAAGGUCAGCAGGAGUUCAAAGAGGCUGCUGCCAGACCGGACCCACGCUGCCCAUAACCGUGCUAAUGAGAAGCUCGUGCAUUUCAUUGUCAAACAGCACAUGGUGGAUGAACACAUUCUGGCUGUGAUUCGUGGACAGCAGCAGUCCAGGUGGCUUCGCUCAUUCUUGAGUGCCAGUCAUCAGAAGCGGGUGGUGGAUGUAUACCUGGAGGACGAGAAGCAGUUGGACCAGGUGUACCAGUACUUGAGUAACCUCUACACUACAGCUGAGGACAAUGCCCUUAGCUUAGUUAAACUGAAAUCUCUGGAGCACGUUCCCUUCGUCUUAGAUGUGCUUCUACCUGAGGCCAUCAUUUAUGCCAUAGCUGGGGUGGACAAUGUCUCCAUAAAAAAAGCAGAAGAAAAGUAUCUACAAGGACGACGUGCAAGUCGCAGGGAAAGACAGGAGUUUGACCAGAUGAUUGACCAGCACAUGAGGAUAAAAGCUCAGAAUACUGCUCUUGCACAGCUAUCUGAGGCUGUAAACUAGAUGGCCAAAGGACUUUUGAAAAUGCAUUCUGCUAUAUCUGUGCCUCACCAGGUGUUUUUUUUUUUUUUUUUAAUUUUUAUUUUAAUGUCAGAAUAUACUCCUCAGUAUACAAAUGAGAUAACAAAGCAUUUGUAAAAUGAAAUUGCUACAAUUACGAUGGAACUGAGUGCCAUCUUAGCAAAAUCUUUUUUUUACAUUGUUAUUUAACUGUUGUCUGUACCAGUGUACAUGGUAUUACAAAAAUAAAUGUUUGUAAACCUUU